AAAAGAAAUGGACGAAGACGCAACGUGGGAACAGAUGCUCCAGGCUCUAACCCACGUCCUAACCAGCCCGACAAUCUCACCAUCUCUUCAUGAUCAAUUCUUCAUCGCCACCCAAUUGCCAUGCUACCUAAAUUGGGAUUACCCACCAAUCCUCUGCGCGAAAUCCUCCACAACCUUCCCUUGUCUCCAUUUGAGAUGGGGAAUUUCUCUCUUCCUCAGAAGGGUUUCCAGAUUUGGGCUCCCUGAGACAUCUUGGAGAUCCAAAUGCCCAUUCCAGCAGCCUCCACCGUUGAUUCUUGCAAAAGGAGUGGAGGAAGCUCAGUGGGGUGAAGAAGAGAGGAGAGAGUAUUUCAGGAAGAGGCUGAGAAGGAAGCGCCUUGGUAGUGAUGUUAACCCUUUCAUUCCUUUGUUAGUCCCCAAUCUCUUAUUGUUUUCUCUUUUGCUUUGGAACCCAAUUCCAUAAGGAGAGGUUCCUAAGAAUUUUUGACUUUUUUCCCAAAUUUUUGUAACUCGGUGUAAUAUAUAUUAGAUUUAAUUUACUCUACUCACAGGUAGAAAUUUCUGGAGC